CCACAGAACCCCUCUACGAAUGCUAUCUUGCAGUUCUGAUUCUGAUUAUGCACACAUAAAAACCGUCUGGGUAUCUAUGGCAGCUUGAAAGUAUGGUGGUUAUUCUUGCUACUUUGAAAAAUGCUUGUUGAAAGUGAAUGGGAAUGUAUGUGUCCUUGGCCAGGCUUUCUGGGAAUUGAGAAUGAUUACUGGGUUUGUGUUUGUCACCCACAAAGUUCCAAUCUUUUUAGUUGUUGGAUAUGAUCAAAAGCUUCUGGAGUGAGUAAAGUGAGCAAUUAUAUAAUUUGAAGUGGUUGGAUAUGAUCCAAAAUUUUUAUGGUUCACGGAAAUUUUAUUUUCCUUCUUUUAUUUGAAGUGAAGAUAUGCAGGAUUGUCCACCAAAAUCUACCAUUCUCUUUAUAUGUUUUCUUGCAUCCAAUGCUUUUUGGGGGCUGCAGUAGAGAAAAGGAAAAAAAAGGGCAGAUUUUUGCCAAUUUUUUAUAACGAUUUGUGAGAUUUGGUAGUCCAUCUUUGCUAGCUGCGAGAGUUCAUUUGGAUUCAGUGGUCACAUGAAUAUUAUAGAAACAUCCAUAUUUAUAGACUGCAUUGUCAUAUUGUUUUUUGCUCCAUUGACGAAGACCUUCUAAAUUCAGUGAACACCCUAGAAUAGUCCGAAUUCCUUUGUCUUUGUUUACAAAUGCUGUAUAAUUUCUAGGGUGAAGUUAGGUAUAAUUUGCCUCCUUAUGGUUAGGGAUAAUAAUUACAAAUGGAUAAUGCUAGACAUCCCAAGGGAUUCUUCUCAAAAUGCUUCCCAAAUGAUGUGGCAAGCAUUUUUUUCCUUAAAAAAUUCUCAUUCUCUCUCCUCUGUCUCCCUCUCCUUCCCAAAAUAGUGCUUUCCACAUCAUUUGGGAAGGAUUUUGGGACACCUAGCAGCCCUCAUUACAAAUUCCUUGUCUUUUGGAAAUUGUCGCUGAAUCUCCUUGUGUUCUGUAGUUGAAGGAAUUGUCAUAUUUUCAAUCCCAAUUGAUUGGAUUUUUUCAUGUAACAUGCACGUAUUGCAUGAAACACAAAAUUUAGCCCUUUGUUGAUCUCUGAAUGAGUAAGAACAGAGCUGCUGUUAUGCCUCCAAGUUUAGGAACAAAGUUGUUCUCUUGUCUUUUCCAUAAAACUUUUAGUCCCAUCAAAGGCCAAUUGAUGGCUAAAUUUUGUAUUUGAACAUGUAUGAAUCACACGGAAGAUUCCAUCAAUUGAAAUGGAAAAUAUGAUCAUUUCAUUUCGCUCUGAACCACAGGCAGAUUUAGUGACGGUUUCUAAAAGACAUGGAGGCAAUGGAUUAAAGUAAAAAUAAGGAUUGGAUUGAAGAUCUAUUGAAGCAUCUAUAUUUGCACUAGCUGACCUAUUUCGAAGAUUUAUCUUGUAAAGAUCUUCAGUUUAAUUGGCAUAUAGAUUGCUAUUUGGAGUUUGCUCUAUGCUGUCAUGCAAAAGCAGAAUAUUCUUAAUUGCAAGGCAUAUUUUGAUUUUGGAAAGAACCCAAAUGGACAGCUUGAUUCUAGAGUUCCCUGUAUAGUUCCCAGCUUUCUUCAUGAGAGAAGUCAUGUUAGAUUAUGUCUUCUUAGGGCAAAAGUCCCUUCUACCAUUAGAAAUUUGGACACUUUCCGAGCUGAAAGAAUCAGAGUGGCUGAUGAGAAUCAGGGAGAAUUGUCUGAUGAAGAUGAAGAUCUCUGUCCUGUUGAAUGUGUUAGAGAAUUUAAGACCGAUGAGGAAUUCUCCAAACUUCUUGAAAAGGCCAAAGAAACAGAUUCUUUAGUUGUGGUAGAUUUUUAUCGCACUUCUUGUGGAAGCUGCAAAUACAUAGAGCAAGGGUUUGCAAAAUUAUGCAGGGGAUCUGGCGAUCAAGAUGCUGCAGUAAUCUUCUUAAAGCACAAUGUAAUUGAUGAGUAUGAUGAACAAUCUGAGGUUGCUGAACGACUUAGAAUCAAGACAGUGCCUCUCUUCCACUUCUAUAAAGAUGGGGUCCUGUUGGAAGCAUUCCCAACCAGAGACAAAGAGAGGAUUGAUGCAGCCAUUCUUAAGUACACAUAUCCUUCAUCCUAAGGUGCUUAAACUGAUCUGAUUAUGAUUCUAGUCCUUGCACCUCUAGGAUAAUUAAUGACGGGGAACUUCGACUGGAGGCAGACAUAAUCAAGUGUUAUAGAACAUUCUGAAAUCUAUCAAUGUGCUAUUCAAGUUGUAAUGUUGUAUAUUACUGGUGCUCAUUUGUUAUUUGUUUAAUACCAUUAAAUGUUGAUUCAUUUUCUACUAUACAUUAUGUAAUGUAUUUAUGUUAAAAGUUAAAUUGAAGCAGAUGUGGCUUCUUGAUGAUUU